GAGUGGCGCAGAGAACACGUAUCGUUGGAGGAGACGCGAGUUUAUCCCGGUUCGGCGCUGUGGAUUGGAAGGCCAAGCGAUUUAUGGUUGCGGAAACAGCGACCUUCAUUGCUGCGAUAAGGCUCACCCUUCUUCUGCAUCGCCUAGAGGUUGAGUGUCAUUUCCGGUGUGUCCCGGUUUAUAUCCGCACAUAUCGGAGUCAACUCGCUGACUGGUUGAGUAGGGAGGAGCUGGCCAAGGUCAGGUCUGACCUUGAAGCCGAAGGCUGGGUUGAAGUUGAGUUCUCCGGGGACUGGCAGCAACUGGUCGAGGACGCCCGCUUCGGCCCCCUGGUCCUCCCAGGGGAAAAGGGCGCAACCGCUCAACUUGCUAGGCAGCUCGCGGUAAGUAACCUCCCCAGAACUUUGCCAAGGUUGGUUUGGAUUCGCUCAGAUUGGGAAGUUGUGUUGCACGGCCCCAAGGAAGUCUCAUCAGCGGUGCAAGCUUUGGUCCGACACGGACAUGAGAUUAGUCAAGCUGGCCGGUUCCUCUGGUCGUCCCUCUCUCAGGACCCCAGCGGAUCGGAACUGGCAAGAGGCUUUCUGGCGCUCGAUGCAGCGCUCCGUGAGGGCCGGCUCGUGUCAGCAGCGCUGGACGCUCCUAGGCAUCUUGACCCCUCUCUCAUUCUUGAGGAAUUUCGUUGCCGAGGCCUGAAUUGCAGUUCAACCCCUUAUCGCACCUCCGACCUUGGGGUUCCAACAGCACGUCGGCGGCAUUGCAUCAGCGGAGCUAAGCCGCCCUUCUCACCGGAUCUGGAAGCACUUGGCCGACCUGACGAAGGACUGUUCCUGAGGGGAAAAGUUACGGCUGAGCCUACGAUCAUGACCGGCGGGGAUCUGGUUGCCCCAUCCCGCGGGCCACUUCCACGAUGUAGACCUGACCCAUUAAAGGGCUACGGUGGUACUCUGCUCCUGGUCGACGGAGGUCUGGCUGCAGGCCUGGAAAAGGUCGCCCAGCGACCCAAAGUCCCAGCUUACGCUGAUCCCUCGCAAGCUGCGGGUCUCGAGCCCAGCUCACACCGGGAUUCCAGUUUGGAAGCCUUCAGUGAGAUCCGGGUCGGCGGUCGCCCUAAGUCGAUCCCAAAAUCUUUAACUUCCCUGGAUCAUCGAAAGCUUGUGCAGCCACGCUUCCAGACCGCAACCGGUCCCCGGUUUUCCGGGUUGCAGGACCUUGAUCGAUGGGGUCAGGAAGCCGUCCUCAGCAAGCUCGCGGAUUCCACCCGCAAGGCCUACGGCACUGGCUGGAGGCAUUGGGAAGUCUUCAUGUCUGGAACGGGUAUCCGCCAAAGGCUCUCCGCCGUUCGAUAUGCUCACAUCGCGGCCGGAUUCCCUGAACUCGGUGUGGAGGCGACCCUCCCGUGGGAGGCCAUCCUCCAGGGCCUCGUCGAAAAGGCCUACCGGCGCAAGUGCUUGGAGUGGCACCUGGACAAGUGGGGCACGAAGCCGGAGGCCGAGCAGAAGAAGGUGGAGGAGGCGUUCAAGAACAUCGGGGUGGCGGUCUCUCGUGCCAUCUACGAUGACCUCGUAAGGAACGCGGCCGAAAGCAGUGAAGUGUCUGAGGAGGAAGGGGCUUGGCGCCCCCUUCCGGAGGCCGCCUACUGGACUCCACCUCUUCCUCGUCUUCGAGCCGCGCCUCCGCCCGCUUCAAGAGGGCCCUUCGACGGGGGCGCCGCUGCCCGUACACUUUUUCUAGCGAAUGGCAGCGGGAGCAGCAAAGACAAUGGGAUGGAGCCCAUGCUGCCCGUGCUGCCCGGAAUAGACCAAAGCCGUCCACUUCGGAUAGCAAGGUCCGAUUUUCAACGAGCUAGCGACGCUGCAGAUGCACAAUGGGCGGCAGGAGGGGCGUAUACCGCUCAAGGGCCGGAAGACUGGAGCCAGUGCCCGAAACCCCCCGCCCCCGCCAAGGGGUACCGCCGAUGCAACCAGCGAAGGGCUGGGAUGGUGAGAGCCAAAGCCCAGGGUCGAAUAUCGGGCGGCGAAAGGAGUUUCCUUUACAGCCCCGAGAAGCGGGCCGGCGCCGGCCGCGAAGGGGUCCUCCGCCUACACGUACAAGGGUGUACGGCCUGUCAGGAGGUCAAGACUUUGGGAGCUGCGCCUGUGCAGGGUACCCACUACUGGCGGACACGGCCACCGGUGGCCCAUGUGAUGGUCUCCAGCUCUGGAGCCCUGCUUCGCAACACCAGUGAAAACAUCACCAGACGUUCGAGGCGCUUGGUGCUGCCGGACGCGCUGCUGGCCGAACUCAGCCGGAUCCGAAGCCCCUUGAUGAGGGCGCAAUGUCCCGCUGCAGCAGUUUAUGGAGAAAGCAGGCUUUUCUCCGCGGGAACUGUUUUCUCCGCGGGAACUGCGGGCGCGCCCCACGUUGUUUGCGCUGGAAGACCAAGCUGGUUUGGAGCCACUCACUGCCCUGCUGGAGAGGCGCCCGGACAAGCCCAGAACAUCUUUGUCCUGGAGGACGUCCCGCUAUCGCCAAGGGCAACUACGGUGGUGGAGCAGGGGCUGCCAUCAGCGCGCAACCUGGAGCUGGCGGUAGCCCACUUGGUGUCGAAGAAGGUGAUCCUUUCGCUUCCUCAGGCGGAGAGGAAGCGCCAAGGCACCAAAGACCCCGCCAUCCCUCCUGCGGCCAAACCACCGGUCCCUCGCAGCACCCGAAAGGGCCACCUAAUGGACCACCUCCACCCACAGUGGCGGCUUCCUCUUCGACGACCGCUACGACAGUUCCGGAGGCACCCUCCUCGACGUCGGCAGCAGGUUCAGGGGCGCCCAAAGCGCCGACCGGCGGCAGCUGUGGCACUGAAGUGUCGGAAAGUGACGGCGGCCAAGGCGGACAAGUUCCUCGUUCUCCGGAUGAAGUACUGA